AUGGAAACUGACCUAAAUAUUUCAUUUUAUUUGCAGAUCUUAUAUUGCACUUUAAACACACCUAAAGUUGACAUGAAAAGACUCCUAGGAGGGCAGCUAGGUCUUGAAGAUUUCAUAUUUGCCCAUGUGAAAGGAACAAAAAAGGAAGUGAACGUGUAUAAAUCUGAGGACUCUCUGGGGCUCACCAUUACAGACAACGGUGUUGGCUAUGCUUUUAUCAAGGUAAGAAUUUAAAAUGUAGCAUUGCUGACUCAGGUAAAAACAAUCUGUGUGGGAGAUCACAUUGAGUCCAUAAAUUGGAGGAAAAUAUCAUUGGGAAAACGUCACUUUGAAGUUGCUAAGAAGCUAAAAGAAUUAAAACAGGAGGAACUCUUUACCAUGCACCAUUAAUUAGAACCUAAGAAGGCAUUUGAAAUAGGACCAAGGUCAAAAGCUGGAAAGUCAUCAGCAGAAAAAAUUGGUACUGCAAGAGGCACACUUCGCCUGAGAUCAGGAGGUCUGGCCACUGUGGAAAAGAUGCCCUCUGAAACCAAAGCGAAGGCAAUCGAAAAGGUUGAUGAUCUUCUUGAAUUGUACAUGGGAAUUCGAGAUAUCGAUUUAGGUAAGACUACUCUAUUUAUUUCUUGCUUACAUUUAUAGUCAAUUAUACUUUUCAAGAUAA